CUGAAGGUUUAGAAUGGCUGCUUAGACGGGUGCAAACCCCCCAUCAUCAGUCCGGUCUUUCAUUUGUGAUCUCGUAUGGCUCCCAUUGAGGCAACGCGUGGUUAAAUCGUCAAGGCGACACCCUCCGACUGCCUGGACAAGAUGAACCAUCAUCUGCCCGCUAUGCCCCAUGGGCAGCCACCCAUGCCCACCCCCCGCAGACAACAAGAUAUUCCCUACACCGCAGGUCCUCCGAACAUGCGAUCUCCGCCUGCGUACAUGGGCUUCCACCCCCAUAUGAAUGGCCAUCCUCCUCCGGCCGCAUACACGCCCCAACAAUAUUCUCACUGGUACCCUUAUCCCCCCAUGCAGAUGCCCCCCCGCCCAUACCAGCAUCACCCAUACCCCCCAAUGUAUGUCGCGACCUACCCACCCUCCCAGCCGAUCAUGGCGCCAGCGCACAUCCAUCCUCCCACGCUUCCAAUGCAGCCGAGAACUUCAACUCCCCUGCAACCCACUAUGUCCCCCACCGUCGGCAUGGCGCCUGUCCCUAUCGCAACCCAGGCGCAAUCACCCGCGGUGAUCCCGGUACAAACCCUGGCCAGUCCUAUAGUGCCUUCACCGCCGGCUCCGGCUCCUGUUCAGACUGAAUCUGCCCCCAGAGAGCCGUUCUCCCCACCGCUCCCAUGGCUUUCGGUUCCAGAAUCGCCUUUUCCGGUUAGAGCUCCUCGCAGGCGCCGCAAAGGCCGUGCUUUCCAAUCCUCAUCGGCCUCCGUCGAAUUUCCAGUAAAGGACGUCCACCGGCUUGAACAGAAUCCGGCACAACGGGAAGAGAGUGUGGAAAAUGUGCCAACAGCCUCGGAACCGCAGACACCGACUUUAUCUGUUGCCCCGUCUGUCGCGAAUUCUACGCAGCCCACAACCCCGUCCUCAGUCACUCAAAACCUUUCUGGUCGCUCUCAACCUCAAGCAAAGGGAUCUAAGUCCACUGCUCCGGUCGUUCCGGUCGUUCCUGUCGUUCCGGCCCCAGGAACUCCUCGCCAAGGUUUCAACGACGAGAUCUCUCGUUCUUCCGAGACGCCGAAGACUACUAGUGUUAGCGGUACUGCCGAAGUGAUUGAGGAACCAGAGCACACCAGUGAAAAAGCCCAGGAACCUGUAAAACAAACCCAGUCCGCUCCUACAGCUCCCAAAUCUUGGGCAGACCUGGUCAAAUCCAAGUCAUUGGCUAAAGCAGUCGGCGCAUCUGGAUCUUCUCCCGCUGUGGCUAAUGGUGUUGUCAAGCCCAAGAGUGAGAUGCUCGGUGAUGUUCUAGUGAGUUUAGGAGAAGAUGUUUCUCAGUUCAGCGACAAGAUUGGCUUCCUGGAGCCUAGAGGCCUCGUGAACACUGGCAACAUGUGCUACAUGAACUCGGUUCUGCAAAUCCUGGUCUUCUGUGUUCCUUUCUACCAAUUUCUAGACCUUGUUGGGCGAAGAGCUUCGCACAGUUUUACCAGUGACUAUCCCAUGAUUGAUGCUUUGAUCAUGUUCAUGAGAGAAUACCGUGUCAUCGAUGCUGCCGACAACGAGGAUCAGCUACGACUUAGGUUGAAAGCCAAUGAGCUUGAACAGUAUGGUGACGCUUUCAUCCCGGAGUUUGUUUACCACGUGAUACGGCAAUUGCCACGAUUCCGUGACAUGAGACGCGGUCAUCAGCAAGAUGCACAGGAAUUCUUGGGUUUCCUGUUGGAAGAGAUGCACGAGGAAUGCAGCCGUGCUGCUAAGGAAGCAUCUUCUACUGGCACGGCACCGAACACCGAUGCAGACAAUGCAACGGAAGAAUCUGAAGGUUGGUUGGAAGUCGGUCACAAGCAGAAGGCAGCGGUUACACGCUCGUCUGGCGACGUUGCUCAGGAAUCUCCAAUCACGAAGAUUUUUGGUGGAAAGAUUCGAUCGGAAUUUAGAGUCCCUGGCAACAAGACUUCCGUUACUCUAGAACCUUACCAGCCGCUGCAGCUUGACAUUGGGUCGCCUGAGAUCAACAACAUCGUUGACGCUCUCAGGGGCUUAACGAAGCCGGAAAGCAUUCAGGGAGAUUUCAACUCUGCACGUGGUCCAAAUGUCACAGCCACUAAGCAGGUCUUCAUUGAGAAUCUGCCCCCGGUUCUUAUACUUCACCUUAAGCGGUUCCAGUACGACAGUGUGACCAACGGUACUCAAAAGAUCUGGAAGCGCAUUGGAUACCCCCUUGACUUGGAGAUCCCGCGGGAGGUGUUCCCACCUAACAAGCGCAAUGUUAUGAUGGCGCAGGGUGGACUGCCUCAAUACCGACUUGUUGGUGUCAUAUAUCACCACGGCAAGAAUGCCAGUGGCGGGCACUACACCGUUGACGUCCGUCGACAAGAUGGGCGUGAGUGGAUUCGUCUCGAUGAUACCAUCAUUCGUCGCGUACGCAGCGAAGAUGUCGCAGAAGCCGGCGGCGAGGAGGAUCCCAAGGUCCUGGCUGCCGCUAUGGAACAGCACAAACGCGACAGCUCCAAUGCCAAUAUUUUCGAUCAUAUUGACCAAGACGAUCAAUCUGAUAACGAGAGAGGUUGGAGCCAGGUUAAUGGCACUCCAGGCAAGAAGUCCGGUGUCAACGGAGCAUCGGCAGCAGCUAAUAAAGCACGGCCAUCUGCUGGACGCUAUAAUGCACGCGACAACAAGGUGGCAUACCUGCUAUUCUACCAACGCAUCGCUUAGAUUUUAUAAGUGUUGUUCGGCCAAAUAAGAGAGAAUCAAGACAUUCAACACCGGCCAAACAACGACUUCCCCACCUACUGACAUUCCGGGAUUAUCAUUAUCUAUUGCCUCACGAGAGGGCAACCCUCAAGGACUGAAAUUCGGCCACCAAUGACACGACCAUCUCAAGGCUCGGUUGGCAGGCAGCAGACCUUCAACUGACCAUUGACUACGAGUCCGUGAUAACACUCUCACAACUCUCGUACAGCGAAGUCAGCCAGGACUGUUGGGCACUUUCCUUGCGACCGGACGAUUUGCCAGA